AUGGCAAAAUCUCACCGACAUAACGGCACACAUGCUCAAGCUAAUAAUUCCAUUCGUACGACUUCCCCAUCUACGACUGAAGCGGGUGUUAUAAACAAUAUAGCUCCAACACGAGUCAAACGAACACAAGUCGCCCGAGCUUGUCAACGAUGCAGGAGGCUCCAAAAAGCCUGUAGCGAUUCACGACCAUGUAAAAGAUGUAGCAAAGCCGGACUCGCGGAUGAGUGCGGUGCUUUAUCUAUUCAAGCUAGAGUUCUACCUCAGAACCGUCCUCCUCAAAUACAGAGUAUCGCCGAGAUUCCAGUCUACGGAGUUACAAAGCCAAUCGGUUAUACGAGAGCACCAUCACUCGCCAAUAUCGACCUACCUACAAGUCCCCAUGGAUUCGUUAGCUUCUCAAGGGAAUCUUUCGAGAGGAAGGUCGACUUGUUACCACCUCGCGUUAUCGACUACUGUUCCGCGCGUUUCUUUGAACGCCUAGCUCCAACAAUCCCAAUUUUGACUCCCGAGUAUAUCACAAAUCUCAAGGAACGCGCCGCCUUGGAAAGUGAGGCAUACUGCGUUCUCCUCGGUCUCUCUGCCAUGGUGGCACUACAAGUCGAAGAUCCUCGAGGCAAAUUCUUCGGACAAUUCGUCACGGCCGAGAAUAACGCUGCCUAUGGUUGGCUAUUACUCGAGGAAGCUCUAGCAGCUCAUCGUCAUCUCGCACGUUCAUCGAACCCUUCCCUCGACUCGGUCCUCCUUGUAUUUUUUAUAUAUGCGUGUCACGCAAGUCUAUUCCACCACUCUCAAGCGUUUUUCUUCCUUAGAGAAGCAGCGACGCUUUUCCUCUUAAUCAAACCCGAGACUAUGGAUGAUCUUUCGAGAUCACUAGCAGGCCGACUUUUCUGGGUCUUAUUGAUUUCAGAGCGGUCCCACGCAAUCCGUUAUCGCCGCCCCAUCACGCUCCAAGUCACCACCAACGGCGUCGGAUCAUCAUUUUUCAACAGUACCGAAUCUUCCCUCGCCGGAUUUCGAUGCUUGGCUGCUCUAUUCAAAGCAUUAGAUAGCAGCUUCAUCGCUCUACUCAAUCAAGAAACGGCGUCUCGGAUAUUACCGCGGGAUUCUCUAGAUGAUGUCGAAGAAGCUAUCGACACAGCUUUAAGCCACUCGUGUCCAUCUGAUCUCCUCCCCACGCAAAAGGCCAACCUCAAAGUGACGCAAAUUUGGCUUCGCAUUGUUAUCUGGCAAUUACGUUUACGUCUAGGCCACCUCUCGGAGCACGUCGAAGAAAGUAGCCGUACUUAUCACUAUCCACUGGAGGUGGCUACAGAGCUAGUAUCGGCGACUCGCGAGUUACCUAUACAAAGCAUUCAAUUGCACGGCGUGGGAAUAACGGAGAAGUUAUUUGAUGUAUCCUGUGCUGUUGUUAAUGUCCUCGCACGUGUGCCCGUGCAGGUAAAUCAGACGGCGGCAGAGGAUAACUUGAAGUAUUUAAGACACCUGAUUCUGAAAUUACCAGGUGGCACGACGGUUUACGAUGCACUAUUUUUGAAGCAUGUACAACAGACACUUCCGACAAUGGUGAUUAGGCUAGGAGUGUAA